GUUGCCUGCAGAUAUUUCCUUUUUUUUUUUUUUUAUAAAAAAUAUUGAAAGCUGGCUGUUAUGGUUAGAUUUUAUGUUAAUUAAGCUGCUUUUAUCGAUUUUUGUUGUUUAGAUCAUUGUCGGACCUGAUCUAUGUUGUUUUGAAGCCUAUUUAAGGUUGCUAGUAUUUUGGGAUUUUGUUUUUGAAUUUAUCUUGCAGACACUCAAAUAUGGCAUAUAUCCCAAAAGUUUUUAGGGUUUUUUCCUCUAGGUUGUGUUCUUUUUUCAAUUUGCUAUGAAAAUAUCACCAUUUGUUCCGACAUUUUUUAAGUUUUAAUGCUUUUUUACCCUCUAGUCUUCUCUAUUCUGAUUCCUUCCAGGGCACCAUUAAAAUUUAGAUUCCUUUUUUCUUUUCUUCUCAUAUAUGUUCAUCGAAGCUUAUAUUCUUGUUGAGUUUAUAUUCUUUAUUUCCUCGAUAUCAUGGUGUUUCUGGGUUGCAGAAAAUUUGUUCAAUUCCGAAGGCUUUUGAGAAGCGAAGUUGAGCAUGGCAGCACAGAUGCCGGGCAUCCCAUCUCAACAGGGUAUUGCAACCAGCAAGUGCUUAUCGGAAAAGCAUCCUCCGUUCCACAUGCAUAGCUGGUACUUCAGUAGGCAUGAAAUUGAAGAUUGUUCCCCUUCUAGAAAGGAUGGAAUCGACUUUGAGAAAGAGUCUCAAUUACGGAAGUUAUACUGCUUAUUUAUUCAAGACCUUGGCAGGAAGCUUAAAGUACCUCAGGUGACGAUAGCAUGUGCAUUGAUGUUAUGCCACCGGUUUUACAUGUGCCAGUCUCAUGCAAAGAAUGAUUGGCAGACAAUAGCAACCGCAAGCAUGUUUCUCGCUUGCAAAAUAGAAGAAACCCCACGCUUGUUGAGGGAUGUUGUGGUUGUGGCUUAUGAGAUGAUAUACAAAUGGGAUCCUUCUGCUCCACAAAGAAUCCGAAGAAUUGAAUUUUGUGAUAAUCAGAAGGAAUUGAUCACAAUUGGCGAGAGAUUAUUACUGGCAACAAUUGCAUUUGAUCUUGAUAUCCAACUCCCGUACAAGCCUCUUGUUGAUGCUUUAAAGAAACUGAAGAUAUUCCCAGAUCUUGCUAAAGUAGCAUGGAAUUUUGUGAAUGACUGGAUUUCUACAACAUUGUGUUUGCAGUACAAGCCCCAUUAUAUUGCAGCUGGUUCCAUGUUUCUUGCUGCUAAAUUUCAAAAAGUGAAACUGCCUACAGAAAAGGGAAAGGUUUGGUGGCUGGAAUUUGAUAUUUCACCUAAACAAUUAGAGGAGGUCAUCCAAGAGAUGGUCAGGUUGUUGGAGCAAGACAAGAAACGAGCAUUGCCUUCAUCACAUGAGAGGGUAUCAAGUGGCCCUUCAGUUGGAAAGACGGAUACCUGUAGCCCACGGUCAACAAUUACAAGUGUAUCAAUUGCUAGUUCACGUUCUACUGGAGGAUCUGUGACAGAAUCUCAGGUCUUGGGUGAGAGAAACUUCGUUAUGCAACAAGCCUUAUCAUGUCAAACAAGCGAUAGUUGUGGUGCAAGCAGUAUUGUUAAUGAUGAUGGCGAGAGUCAACCAAGAACAGGUAAAUUUGAUUUGGGUUCAAGCUCUAAGCCUGUCCCAAUUCAUGAUUCUUAUAGUAAGAUUGAGGGUAAUCGGAUUAGAGAGGCAUUGAGGAGGAGGAAGAGAUGUGAAGGAGCUGCAAAUCAGAUGUGUAAUAAAAUAAUCAAUGCUGAAUUAGAUACUGAAGCCUGGAUAGAGAGGGAACUGGAGAAUGGAAUAGAACUUGAAUCAGCCUCUUCAGAAAAGAAACAAAGAAAGUUAUGAUGAGAUUGUCAUGCAAGUAUCCUGAGUUUCCUGCCAGUGACUAGCAUUCUUCCUAAACAUCUGUAAGUGUCAGUACCAUUAUUUUCCUGGAAGAAAACUGUGCAAGUACAGAGUAGUCUUUGACAUUAUUCUGCUAGAAUAAUGGCUAGAAUUACAGUAUUACAGUAUUAUGUUCAGGUUUUGGAGAAUGAAACUUAAACUUACGCCUUUAGGAUACUAGAGUAAUCUGCCACUACAGGAUUCCCCCCAAGGAAAAAAAUUAUCUAUGGUUCACCAUGGAUUCAAGACAGGAGCCUGUAAAUCUCAUGUAAU